AUGCCCUCAGAGCUCGACUAUACUGACGAGAAGAAUGUCGAGUCCCAAGACCCCAAAGUAGUCGCUGUUCAAGUCGACUAUACCCUCCAAGAUGCUGAUAUCGACGACCCCAACCUGGACGAUGCCGGUCGUUUUCUAGCUGCUAUGGCCCUGAGGCCAGACAGCGCUGAGCUCUUUGCAGACUAUACCCCAGAGGAAGAGAGGGCAGUGGUGAGGAAGGCAGACUGGAUCAUUCUGCCGAUACUGCUUGUUGCGAUCAUGAUGGGGGCAGUCGACAAAGUUGCCUUGGGUACAGCAGCAGUUCUUGGCCUGAGAGCAGACCUCGGACUCGUCGGGCAGCAAUACUCUUGGUCCUCUUCGCUCAUCUUUUUUGGCUCCCUCGUGUCGGUCUUUCCGGCCUUGUUCUUCAUGCAGAGGUACAAGUCGGGCAAGUUGAUGGGUGCAAAUGUCUUUAUCUGGGGUAUCUUGUCUCUGUGCCAUGUUGCCUGCCGCAAUUUCGCCGGGCUCGCCGUGUGCCGUUUCAUUCUCGGCCUGUUUGAAGCUCUGACCUUGCCUGGGGCCACACUGGUGAUCACUUCUUGGUAUAGCCGAGAAGAGGCCGUCUUCAGGACUGCGAUAGUGUUCAGCACCCUUUCUUCCGUCACCAAUGGCCUUUUGUCCUAUGCCAGCUCGUUCCUGGAGAGCUCCAAAUUGAAACAGUGGCAGCUCCUCUACAUCCUCAUAGGUGUUAUCACUCUCGCGAUCGGUGUCGUGAUGAUUGUCUUCCUCCCCGACGCACCAUAUUCGGCUUGGUGGUUGACCCCGAGGCAGAGGGUCAUCACCGUGAGACGUUUGCAGAAUAACAAGAUUGGUAUCAUGAACAAGACGUUCAAGAUCGCACAAGCCAAGGAGGCUGUACUCGACCCGAACAGUUGGUUUUAUUUCUUCAUCAACAUCUGUCUCAACGUACCCAGCUUCUACUCUAUCAUCGUCGCUUCCCUUGGAUACUCCACUCGGAACACCACGUUACUGGCAAUUCCCACUGGCCUUAUUUCCUACGCAGCUGCUUUGAUCUUCUCCUACAUCGCGACCAAGACAAAACAGAGGUGCUUUACAGCUAUCGCGUCAUGUUUCGUCCCUCUGCUUGCUACCAUCCUUUUGCAUGUCAUCCCUCGAAGCAAUAUUGGGGGCUCGUUGGCGUCUCUCAUGCUCAUCUACACAUACUGGGCCCCAUAUGUCGUCAUGAACACUCUUGUCGCCGGAAACACGGGAGGGUUCACAAAGAAGACCGUCGUAUACGGCUUUGCGUACCUCGGGUAUCUCGUUGGAAACAUCAUUGGGCCACAGACGUUCAAAGCCGAGCAAGCGCCUACUUAUACGGGCGGAGUGAUUGGUAUGCUCGUCUGCUACUGCAUUGGCAUCCUUCUCAUCCUCGCAUACUAUCUCUACAUUCGACGCCUUCAGAGUCGUGUCGACAAGGACGCGCGAAACAACACAGAUGACCCCGCUGAAGUUGCCGAAGGUGCCGAAGUCUGGAUGGAUGAGACAGAUAAGGAGAACAAGUCGUUCGCGUUCAUUCAAUAG